UUUCACCUUCAUAAUCCUUUAUCUACUGGGCAAGUUUGAUGCUGUAUGUGGGUCAACGGAAGCCAACGCAAAACAGCCAGCAAAGUAAUUAUGUAACGCGUGCCAUGAUAGCUGCGUGCGAAGAACCCAUACGGGUUACAGAAUAAGGACCUCACUUGCGCUGUGGAUUUUGAAAUAACCUUUAAGCUGUGCGAAAAAGCUGCUUUACUUAUGCAUUUAAUGACCGCCAGUGAUCCGGGUGUACCAGUCUUCUAAAAACUGCUCCACAUUUCGCUCCCAUAUGGCUACAGUCGCGGAGACAUGGUUUUCUGUCCUCGGACUACUUGUGCUGGUACUGUGUAUCCUUGUGGCUCAUCUUAAAUCUGGAAGAAAAAGAUGGCGUCUUCCUCCAGCACCUCCAGGUUUACCUUUCCUUGGGAAUAUAUUAGAACUUAAUAGAGACCAAAAGACGUUCAUUCUAUUACAUAAAUGGAGCAAGAUAUACGGAGAUAUUUUCAGGUUGCAAAUAGGGAGCAUGAACGCUGUUGUUCUGAGCAGUUAUGAUGUGGUGAAAGAAGCUCUGUUGGAAAAACCGGCACAUUUUGCAGAUCGCCCUGACACGUUAACAGGUGCUAUUACGUCUGAGGGUGGUCAGGACAUCACUUUUUCCAACACAGGUCCAACAUGGAAACUUCAUCGUAAGAUUGCCAACUCUUGUCUCAGGAAUUUUAUAACUGGUCAAAACCUCGAGGAAAUUGUUAGAGACCGAACCCUACAGAUGCUGGAUAUCAUGGGGGAGGAAAAUGCUGCCUUUGACCCGUCAACGCAUAUAAAACUUGGAGUCUACAAUAUCGUAUGUGGAAUGUGCUUUAAUCAGCGUUACACGUUUGACGACCCGGAAUUCAAAGAGUUGGAAAACACUUCUGAACAAUUCGUAGAUAUAUUCGGUCGUGGUUUACCUGAAGAUUACUUUCCAUUUUUGAAGUAUAUUCCUUCCAAAGCGUCUAAGGACCUAAGGCACGCUGUCCAAAGCUACUUGAAUAUCAUUGAAAAACAUUGGCACCAACACAACUCGACAUAUGUUGAAGGUAAUCAGAGGGAUAUAAUGGACCUCGUCAUUGAAAUUCAAAGGGAAGCCAAGAAGAAAGACGAUAGUGAUAUCUUGGAGGCGUUCACAGACACAAGAGUUAUUCAAACAAUAUUCAACCUCUUAGAAGGUGGCAUCAAUGUCAUUUCGCUGCAGACGUUGUGGCUGAUCCUCCACCUAGCACUCCAUCAAAAGGCGCAGGAAAAUAUUUACAAGGAAAUACAGGAAGUUUUAGGUACUGCUGUACCUUGUGGAACACAUCGCCACUCCAUGCCGUAUACAGAAGCUGCUCUCUCUGAGUCACUACGUCAUGGUACCAUGCCUGCUCUAGGGCUCCCACAUACAGCUACACGCGAUUCCACUCUGGGUGGUUUUGACAUUCCGAAGGGCACCACUAUAAUCAUAAACCAGUGGAGUCUUCAUCGCGACCAACGACACUGGGUGGACCCCGAAACCUUCAGGCCAGAGAGGUUUCUGAAUGCAGACGGAAAGUUCCUGCCAAAACCACCGGGGUUUUUACCUUUCUCCACAGGAACAAGGUCGUGUAUCGGCGAGCCAAUGACGAGGCUGACCAUGUUCUUGCAGCUGGUGAUGUUAUUACAGCGGUUCCAGAUACUGCCGCCCCCUGGCGAGAGUCUUACCCUGGAGCCAGCAGACAGUGGGAUUGUGUCCAUGCCAAAACCUUAUAAAAUAGUUGUGAAAAGAAGAUGACAUUAGUUACAACGUGAAAAUAUUAAUCAAAAAACGUCUAAUGGGCCCGUUGGAAGAUUUAUUGCUCCGUUUACAAGAAGCGUUCGAGACGUACUUUUCUGCAUAAAUUUAUUUGAAAAAUUGAAUAAUUUUCAUAGAAGUAAAAAAAUAAUUUAUGAAAACAAAUGUAUGGCUUUUGAUCAAGUAAACUACAGGAUAUACCAAACUGGAUGGUUUGUAGAAAUGUUGACUGUUCAGUACGCUCAAAGAAAGACUCCAUUGGAAAAGUGAUUUCGAGCGCAUCAUACUUUAUUCAAAAGGUUGACACUAAAGCGACCUGCCAGUAUAUUAGGACAGCACUUUGGUUUUCUGUUAUUGAAUUUUUAAGGAAAUCAUUGUGAAAGAAAAGCUAAAAAAAACUCGUUUCAGAAAAAACAUAGGCUUGAUCACCCACAGUAUUUGACUACUGAUUGUGACUGAUGUGUGCCCUUUUUAUCUUUUGUUUCUCAGGUGAAAUAAAGA